CUUUAAUUAAUGUAGUUAAAGCAGGGCUUUAUUAUAGAAAACCAAAAGAUGGCAAGUUUAUGCAAAACCAUAAAGAAAGAAUUAAAAAAUUACGUCAAGCAAAAGACCCAGAAGAGUAUAUAUUAAAUUCAGCUAUGACUAUAUUCCCUAAUGAAGACAAAUAUAAUAAAACUAUGAAUGAUUGCAAAGCAUGGUAUGGCAAUGAUUCAAAGAUAUAUACUUCUAUUAUGGAAUUAUAUAAAUUAUAUUACAAUUUAGCUAAAGAUUAUUUCAUUAAAGAAGUCCAAAUCGAUAAAGAAGCAGAAGAUUUCCUUAAUUUGUAA